AUAGUUACAACAACCUUUGUUCUUUCUGUGAUAUAUUCGUCGUUGUAUCUGUUUCCUACGGCAUUCUUUGUUGCUUCUUGUGUAAUAUUUUCGUCAUCACCCUUUUUUUGUAAAAUAUUCGACGUUAUUGUACUGUAUAACUAACUGUUAUUCAUCAGUGUAGUAGGCUACUGCAGAAUAAUUAGAAUAACGAAAUUUAAAUUAUAAGUCAAUUAAAUUGACUUCAACAAUAAUUACGAAUAAUACAUUAAAAAUUCUAAACGUUUCAAAGGAGAUUGAGUGAAUUGAGUUGUUGAGAACGUUUAGCGGCAAUUAAUGACAGUGCAUCGCUGAUCAUCGUCUCUAUUGAACACAGUCAAUUGUAAUUCGAUAUCGAUUAAAUCGGGAUUAAGAAUUAACAGACGUUUGUGCAUCCGGGUUUAGGAAUUCAAACUGUUUUAUAGACUUCGUAGCCUACUUUUUCCCAUAAAAAUUGAGCGAAUUGAGUUGUUGAAAACAUUUAGCGGCAAUUAAUGACAGUCCAUCGCUGAUCAUCGUCUCUAUUGAACACGGUCAAUUUCAAUUCGAUAUCAAUUUAAUCGGGAUUAAAGACGUUUGUGCAUCCCGGUUUUUAAGAGUUCAAACUGUUUUAUAGACUUCGUACUUUUUCCAAAAAAAAAUUGAGCGAAUUGAGUUGAUGGAGACAUUUAGCGGCAAUUAAUGACAGUGCAUCGUUGUCUCUAUUAAACGCGGGUCAAUUUUAAUCAGAGAUCAACAAGUUGACCGAGAUAAUAAUUCAGCAGUUGGUCAACAAGUGGAGUGUUGUGUAGUGCUCUUAACAGGCUGAUGUUCGUUUUAUAGUUGGAUAGAUCACGAUAUUUUUCCAAAAUGGCGGACGCUAGAAGUGUAUGGCCAGUAGCUGAUGCAGUGUGUUUCGAUGUAGACUCAACAGUCAUUCAAGAGGAAGGAAUCGAUGAGCUAGCUAAGUACUGUGGACAUGGGGAGGAUAUUGCUAAUAUGACACGAUGCGCGAUGAGUGGCUCCCUGGACUUCCGACAGAGCCUCGCCAUGAGGUUGGACCUGAUCAGGCCUUCCAUGAGUCAGGUCAGGGAUUUUGUCAGGGAGAAACCUGCCAGGUUAACGCCCGGUAUCAAAAAAUUAGUGGAGCACCUCCACAGGAGAGUGGUGGAUGUUUAUUUAAUUUCGGGGGGCUUCAGAGGGAUCAUUGGACCUGUAGCAUUAGAACUCAACAUUCCUCUACAGAAUAUCUACGCCAAUAAACUCAAAUUCUAUUUGACUGGUGAAUACGCAGGUUUCGACGAGAACGAGCCAACUUCGAAAAGCGGUGGCAAAGGAGAGGUGAUCAGAAUUCUGAAGAAGAACCACGGCUACUCCAAUGUGGUCAUGAUAGGUGACGGAAUGACCGAUUUCGAGGCAUGUCCACCGGCUGAUGCUUUCAUUGGAUACGGUGGCAAUGUAAUCAGAGAAGAAGUCAAGAAACGAUGUUCCUGGUACGUCACCGAUUUCAACGAGCUAGUCAAUGCCCUAUGAUCUCAGCCAGAGGACUUUAAUUUAAU